AUUUUCUAUCAACCACAACUCACCUGCCAUCCACCCUCCCACCAUAACUUUUCCUCAGCGGAAACGAACUCAUCAACCGUCGCCAUGACCGACUACUCAAAACUCAAAGUCCCCGACCUUCGUGAUGCCCUCCAAAAGCGCUCGCUCCCUACUAACGGCGUCAAAUCUGACCUAAUCGCGCGUCUUGUGGCAUCCGAUGCUGCCGCUGCACCUACACCAGCGGCUGAAACUCCAAAAGCCGCUGCUCACCUACCAACUGCUGAUGACUACGAAGUUGACUGGGAGGACAACGACGAGACUGUUCCCGCAGCUCCCACUGCUGCCACCAUUACCGCGCCGGCUGCUGCGACUACUACUACCACCACUUCAAAACCUCCAGCCACAACCUCCGCGCCCAAGGCCGAAGCCGCCAACUCCGCUGCUACCUCCACACCCACACAACCAGAGAAGCCCAAGAAGAAAUCAAUCGCAUCUUUAUUCGACGCUCCGGUGAAAACCACCUCUCCCUCCUCCCCUUCCACCGUUACAGAUGACAACACAACCUCCGGCACCCCUGCCGCCACUACCAGCGCACCCGAGAAGUCCUUCACAGCAGGUCUGAAAUCCUCCGACGCAGCAGCCGAACUCGCCAAGAAGAAGAAGCGCGCGGAACGCUUCGGCGUCAUAGACACCGAAUCCGAGAAGAUGCUCGAGCGCGCGAAGAAGUUUGGUGCUGUUGAGAAUGCGAGCCUAGUUGUUAAAGGUUUAGACGCCGCCCUGCCGGAUAAGAAGGAGAGGCCGAAGCGUGGGCGUGAAGGGGCCGAUGGCGGGGAUCGUGGUGGGAAACGUCCUCGUGAGGGUGGCUCGAGGAGUGCCGGGGGUAAUGAUGCCCGGGGGCGUAGGAGGAGGAGAGGUCAGGGUGGGAACAAUAAUGAUAAGAAGGGGAACAGCAAUGGUGUACUCGCGGUUCGUGGCGGUGGGCCCGUUACCAGGAAAAAUGUCCUGGACGACCCCAUCGAGAAGGCGAAGGCAGAGGCCAGAGCGAAGAAGUUUGGAGCCAAAAACUAACCCCUUUCCUCACUUUUUCGUUGUCAAUUAAAAUACUUUUUUUUCUUUUUUCUUCAUCUUUUUCUUCUCUCUUUUUCUUAUUUCCUCUUCCUACACGAUGAAGGUACGAUUGAUAGUAUAGUCUAAUUAUGAUUUCUUGUUGAUACAA